CACUGCUCCGCUGCCGCGUAGAGCAGGUCCUCUAGCCCGCGGAGCUGGCAGGCCACUCACGCCAGCCCCAGAUAAGCCCCCAAGUCGAAGUACCGGACCCGGGCUUGGAAUUCCGGAUAUUUGGGCUCCUUGGUUGCAGAGGCACAAGGCCCCUCGACCACCCGUCCAUCAUGGACCUCGCCAGCACCUGCUCCAGCUUUCAGUCUGACCUGGAUUUCUGUCCGGAUUGCGGCUCGGUCCUGCCUCUUCCCGGAGCUCAGGAUACGGUCGCGUGUACUCGCUGUGGCUUCUCCAUCAACGUGCGAGACUUUGAGGCGAAGGUUGUGAAGACCUCAUUUGUGUUCCACAAACUGGGAACAGCCAUGCCCGUGUCGAUGGAGGAAGGACCUGAGUUCCAGGGACCCGUGGUUGACAGGCGCUGCUCUCGAUGUGGGCACGAGGGAAUGGCAUACCACACCAGACAGAUGCGCUCCGCUGAUGAAGGGCAGACCGUCUUCUACACCUGUACCAACUGCAAGUUCCAGGAGAAGGAAGACUCUUGAUUUUUUUCUGAGCGACUCAACAAUCUCUCCUUCUCUUCCUUGGAAGGUGAAAGAUACUGGGUUCUUAGAUCCUUUGUCCAUCUCCUGAUUGCGGUGUUUUGCUCCCAGAGGAAAAGCAGAUCAUCAUGUGGGGAUUACCGUUGUCCCCAGAGUACUCCUACCCUAGUUGAGUUUCCUUUAUUAAAGUUAUAGUUUUCUAUAAGA